CAUUACGCUGCAUUAACUCGGCCCUGGCUCUUGUAUCCGGCUUUCGGUAGCCAUGUCCCGGUUGUGUGCGGUGCUCUUUCUCCCGGCCCUGUUUGGGUCGGCUUUUUCAAUUUCUUUCUACCUGCCCGUGAAUUCUCGAAAAUGCCUGCGGGAAGAGAUCCAUAAAGACGUGCUGGUGACUGGAGAGUAUGAAGUCAGCGAGCAGCCCAACACCAAAACAAAUUUGAAGAUCACUGACUCUUCUGGCCACCUCCUGUAUUCGAAAGAAUAUUCCUCGAAAGGGAAGUUUGCCUUCACCACUGAGGACUAUGACAUGUUUGAAGUUUGUUUUGAGAGUAAAUUCCCUAUGGGAACAGGCCGAGUUCCAGACCAGCUGGUCAUUUUAGACAUGAAGCAUGGAGUGGAGGCUAAGAAUUAUGAGGAGAUUGCUAAGGUGGAGAAGCUGAAGCCCCUGGAGGUUGAGUUGCGGCGGCUGGAAGAUCUCUCCGAAUCUAUCGUCAAUGACUUUGCCUACAUGAAGAAGCGUGAAGAGGAGAUGAGGGAUACAAAUGAGUCCACAAACACCCGUGUGCUGUAUUUCAGUAUCUUCUCCAUGUGCUGUCUGAUUGGACUGGCUACGUGGCAGGUCUUCUAUUUGCGCCGCUUCUUCAAGGCAAAGAAACUCAUCGAGUAAAUGUAUGGAUUUCAGCUGGAGCAAAGUCAAGCACGUGGCUGAGCUAGCCACCAGCAAGUGAUCAGCUGGUGAAUUUGAUGUAUUGUACUUCAGGAAGUUAAUUCAAGGGAAUCUAGAACAGCACAUGUAUAAUGUGGUCAUUCGGACAAGGAUUCAAUUUACCACUGAAAUGCUCUUUUUAUUCAUUACCUUGUCUACCAAUUUCCAAAGGUAGAAUUGUUUAUAACACACAAAUGGUUUUGUAAAUAAUUUUGGUUCCAAGUUUAAAAAAAUUCUCCUAGAUUUAGUGAUCAAAAUAUUUAAGUUUCCUUUCUGCCCAAAGUCACUGAAGUGUUUUAACUUGACAAAUGCAUUGCCUGUUGACAGAUUUGAGACACGGAACAGUUUUUAACCAUUAAUAAAAGAUUAGUCAACAUGUCAAA